GGGCAUAAUCCGCCAAAGCUGUGCGAAUUGUCAACAAAAAGACGUUCCGUUUACCGCAAAGACGUUUUUUAUGAGAAAAAUCCAUGAAAAAACCGCGGAUUCCGGGAAGAGCCUCUAAAAAGUGAAGUGAUCAUAGUGGUUCUGUAUGAAAUUAUGAAGAGGCGAAAUGUGGAACUGGCUAAGAUGAGAAGACCCAUGAAAAAGAACAAAAUUACCGAGGGAUUUUAUGGAAGCGCCCUUCUCUAUUUGAAGUUUCUGAUUUUGUGGAUCUUGGUAAUACUAGCGGAUUUUAUUUUGGAGUUCCGAUUUGAAUUUCUAUGGCCAUUCUACCUAGUGAUACGUACACUGUACGACUCCUAUAGGUAUCAAGGCCUUCUAUUUUCGGCUUUCUUCGUUGCCAUUUCGCUCACAUCGGACAUGCUGUGUUACUUCUUCAUACCAGUGCAUUGGCUCUUUUUCGCUGCCAGUACUUACGUAUGGGUACAGUAUGUUUGGCAUACAGAUAAAGGAAUUUGUACGCCGACGAUAAUCCUUUGGAUUUUAUUUGUGUACCUUGAGGCGGCCAUUCGACUAAAAGAUGUUAAACAUCUUCCGGGACAUUUGGACCUUUGUCGACCGUUCGCUGCACAUUGCAUAGGAUAUCCGGUCGUAACGUUAGGAUUCGGAUUCAAAACCUAUGUAGGCUACAGAAUGCGACAGCGUAAGCAACAACAUGUGGCCAAAGAAAAUGUAUUUUAUAUGCAAAUAAUGCAGCAAGCAUUACCAGCAGAGAGACCUCCCGAUCCACCCUCGGAUCAGGUUCGGCAGAGUAUCGCGCCCAUUGUCGCAAUAGCGGCUUCAAGUGUACAAAAUAAUCAUAAGGUUCAUAACCAUAGUCAUAAGGAAAAAAACGGCCACAUACCUAACGGCACCAUACCGAAUGGUGUCAAUCAUGGUACGAGAUCUCACAAAAAAUCGGCAAUCGACAAAAGCCGCGAUCACACAUCAGUCACAGACAGACACAUUAAAAUAAAUCAUUCACACAGUAACGGUUCAGUGGUGGAUUUCCACGAAGAAACGACUGACCACGAACCAAAACAAGUCAAAAGACGGGACAGGAGAGAACAAGACAAAGAGCGCGAAGCUCACGAAUACCUUCAAAGGUUAGAGACGGACACGCGGAGGUUAAAGUCCGAUUUGCAGCAAAGCAGAGCUAGCGAACAAGACCUGCGAUUGCAAGUUGCAUCGCUAACCACGUGUGAGAAAAGCACGAAAGGCGAGCUGUCGCUGCUGCAACGGCAGGUAGACGAUCUACAAGAGCGCCUGCAAAAUGCACAAUCUGCCAAGCAGACGGACAAACAGACUAUAGCCACUUUGGAGCGGCGGCUGACCGAAGAAAGACGGUUGAGAGCCAACGUGGAUUCUCAACUGGCGCAAGAGCGGAAAAAUCGUAAACAAGAAGAAGCCAGACUUGCACAAGUGACAGCACAGCAGUCUUCCAGAACAGAAUGCACUGAUCUGUGCAAGGCUCGGCGGCGAGAACUCGAGGCAGAACUGACCGAAUGUCGGCAAGCGCAGCGCUGGGCAGAAGAAAGACUAUUUGUCAGGUGCAAGACACACGAGCUGGAAAAGCAGGCGAUCGGCGAACAAGCAAGAGAUCGCGAACUGCUUAUGGCAGCAUUGUCGACGGUCCAGGAGAAAAACUCCCAUCUAGAAAAUGCCCUGUCUGCGGAAACGCGAAUUAAAUUGGACCUGUUCAGCGCGUUGGGGGACGCCAAAAGACACCUCGAGAUCAGCCAAAAUGCAAACCGAACACAAGAAAAAGAGAUCGAGGCGUUAAAAGGUAAAAUUGCGCAGGUACUUGCUGUUAUGCCGAACGAUUCAUUUGAGGCGAGUCCGACGCCAUCACACAACUCACCAAUGUCGAGAGUUCGACUCGCUGAAAGUCCGCCGGCAGGACUUUCGAAACUGGAUCCAAACGCGACGGCCUACACGCCCAAAAAUUCGACUCCCAACACGCUCAUUGCCUCUACGGAAGCUUAAGUUUGUCGAUUUUUCUCUCUCUAUCCUUUUCGUCAUUAUUAAUGUGAUUUGAUUUUGUUGAUUAUUUAUUUUCGAUUGAUUUGACCCAGCUUUGCAAAGGUUUGUGCUGGAAUGGUGGCGCUUCUGUUCGAAUAAAGCGUACCAAGUUGUUGAAAAUGGGUUUAUAUCCCGGUUGUUUAUUGUAUAUAAAAAAAUUUAACGUGUCAUUCAAAUGUUCCUCUCGGGUUUUCGGAGAUUUUUACCAUUACUGGGUUGGUAGAAAAUGGUCACAAAAAGACGAUAUUCUACUGCAACUGCGGGUCGCAUUCUUAAUAUUUGUUUAAAAGAAGCCUGCAAAGUUCGAAUGAAAUGAGACAAAAAUUCGCUUGAUAGCAACGGCGAAAACCUUGUCAAUGAUCAGCGAGGACUUUCGUUUUGGUUAAUCCACAUGUUAUAAUGUUCCCGGUGAAUUCGCUUAGUUAUAUUUACAAAUGUUUAUAUUUUCGUGCGCUUUGUUUUGUGUAUUUUUUAGGGCCCUGGCACUUUAACUUCCCACUAGUAUUGGACAGUUUGAACACACGAUGUGAUUUUCGCAUUAAGGCCAACAUUGACUAUUGCCUCAUACCUGAUUAGCGUAAGAUAUCAAAUAAAUUUGCUGUUGUAUGUUGAUGAAGGAUGCUUCGCAAGUCAUUACUUGGUGGGAUAGUUGCGGUGUCAGGUUUCCAAUGUUUAUUUUUUUGUUGUUUAAAAAAUCCAGCCUUCCGACUCACCAAUUUAUGGUUUGAUUAGGAGCUGCAAAAUUUCCACUUUCCAAAACGGCCAAACAAUAAGACUAAUCUACUGCACUUGCGGGAAGUUAUCCCAUUCUCUGGCUUAUUGCUCUUCAGGAGACUUGCUGAGUCUUGUUAAAAAACGUGAAAAUGUUUGAUGCAGGUUUUUUAUUCAUUCCUGGUGCUACUUGGAAGUUGUACUUUAUAUGAAACUGCCCCGUUCUGUAACUGUUAACUUACAGACUUCAAAUAGCAUAUCAACGUUUUUUUUGUAUUACUUACAUGCCCGUUUGAGUUGUUUACUUUUGUCAAUUUGUUAUUUUUGCGUUGUUUUUACGUCACCGAUAUUUAAGGCUGCUCGGUUAUUUAUAAAAUUGAAUUGUUCUGUUAAAAUGUAGUUUUUACUGUUUAUCUGAAUUUACUUGUGAUAAAACAAUUUAGUUGUGAAGCUUAUUUAAGGAAUGAAUUUUUCUUGCACUGAUUUAAGUCGUAAAAUCCUCGUUGUUUAUACUAUUUUUGCAACUGGUUGUUGGUAAUAUUUUAUUUCACAAUCGUUUACUGAUUUGAGUGAAUAUGUUCAUAGGAACUCAUGUUUAUAAAAGAUGAAGUGUAACAAUUACUUAAGAGCAACUUUAGCUUACAUUUAUUUCCCAGAAGACUUAAUUUGACUUCAAUUGCCUCUAUCUGAAGGUUUUAUUUUCGUUCACCUUUGCAGCAAUCUGGUUGAAGUCAGCGGAAAAUGUAAUAAUAUAAGAUUAGAAUCGUGAACGCUAUAUUUAUUGGUAUUGAUCUCUUAUUGAAAUUAGCUUUAUAUACGAAUGUAUUUUGUAAAUAUUCGGUUAAUAACUUGGAGUGAGGUGUCCAAAUAUCGAAGCGUUCACAAGCUAACGUGAAGUUAUGAGUGGAGAAGUUCGUAAGAGCAAAUUUCAACUAAAAAGAUACUGUUCUGGAUACCCUCCAUACGGAAGAAAUGUCACUUAAGUUUUAGUUUUUUUAAAUUAUUUAGAAUACAGAUUUCAGUUCCUUAAGUUUUGCGUAGGUUUUCGAAAUUCGUGCAGAACCUGCCAAAAGCAAACUAAAUUAUACUGUACUUAAUAUAUAUUUUUUUAUUGUU